UUGGCCCGGGGCCGGUUUCAACAGUGCGGAAAACUCGCUUCCCAUUCCGACGUCGCUCUCCGCCGCUCACACUCUGUCGGCCGCCUCGCGGGGAUGCUGCACGAGCGGCCGCACGCGGAGGAGCCCGGUCGCUUUCUGGUGCUCAUCAAGAAAUCAGCGGCGAGGUUGCUUCUGCGAAGGAAAUACGCCUUCCGAGGAGGAGAGGAGCCAAUCAGCCGUGGCGAACCAAAGAUAAACAAGCCUUAUGAUUCUAAACUCUCAGGAAUACCCAGGCUGCGUGCAGCCCCACUGAACUAUCAUGCUCGCCUCCUUGAUGUCCCACCUCCACCCCUACUGCUGCCGGCACCCCCGCUGCAGCCAUGUGCCCACAAAGGAGAGCUGGCCUCCGUGAUUUCUCGGUAUCCGUCUCCCGCGGAGUUGGACGCUUUUGCACAGAAAACCGCCAGCAGCCCCCUGUCCAUCAAAAUCUUCCCCUCCGACGUGCGCGUGCCACAGCACAAGCAGCUGAGCAAGACCGUCAACGGCCUGGACACCACGGGCCAGCGCUACAGCCCCUACUCGCACCCGCACUCCGGAGGCUACCGGGGCCUACUGGCCAUCGGGAAAGCCUCCGCGGUGGUCAAAGGCGUGGUGAAAACGUCCGAGGGCAGGAGGACUAAACAGGCAAACUCCCAGGCCUCCGUGGCGCCGUACAAUAAUCCGGCGAACGCCGGCUACAGCGUCAGACACGGGCACAAGGCCUAUCCCAUAAGCUCCUGUAAACCCCCGGAGGUGCCCGUGGAAACUCUUUGUUCUACUGCAGGAAUGGCCCCGGGAGGCCAGAGCCUGGCCCCCCAGCCGGAGCUGGCGGGGGUUCAGGGCCUGAUGAGGCGGAUGAGCAGGGUCCCCCACAGCCAGGCCCCGCAGCGGGGCGGGGAGGCCGGCGCCAGCCCCUCGCUGCAGGCCGCCGCCGCCGCCGUGCCGCAUUCCGACUCGGACUUCGUCCUGGGGGUGCCCCCGCAGAGCAGCCUGGCCUACGCGGGCGCCCUGCCGCCGGCCCCGGGCGCCGACGCGGCCAAGGCCGGGUACCUGGAGCGGGGAGAGUACGCGCCGUGGCAGCACGAGGCCCCCGUGCCGCCGCCGCCGCCGCAGGCUUAUCAGCAGGGAGCGCUGAGGCUGUACGCUCAGGGGCGCCGGGCGCCGGAGGCCCUGCCGUUCGGCCGGCCCCCCGGGGGCGCGGGCGCCGUCCGGGACGGGGCGGGCGGCCCCUCCCUGGCGGCGGGACGCUACUUCGCGCCGCUGUGGGACGAGCCCAGCGGCGAGGGCUACUCCUCGCAGCCCGGAGAACACCCCCACUUCCACCCAGGCCGCCAUCAGCACAGCCAUCAGCAGCUCCACCCCCCCCUCCCCCACGCCCGGGCCUACGGCGCCGAGCCCCACCCGUGCUGCGCGCCGCCCGGCUUCAGCCUGUGCCACGCGGCGGCGCUCAGCAGCAGCCUGCAGUCUCUGGAGUGCCUCAUCAACGACAUCCACCCCCCCUGCAUCAAAGAGCGCAUGCUGGGCCGCGGAUACCAAGCCAUGGGGAUGCCUCAGCAGCCCGAGCACCAGCAGCCUACCCACAUCCAGCUCCCCGUCUACAGAUAA